AUGUCAAAAAGGCUAUGUUUCCCAACCAGUAAUAAUAUUGCAGAGUAUGAGGCUUGCAUUUGUGGCCUAGAGGCAUUAAUAGUUGUUGGGGCCAAAAAAGUGGAGGUGUUCGGAGAUUCAAUGCUAGUGGUUUCCCAUGUUAAAUGUGAAUGUGAAUUGAAAGAAGAAAAGUUAAGGCCAUACUUGGAGUAUGCUAAGAAACUAUUAUUUAGGUUUGAGGAAGUGACAAUGAAGCACAUUCCUAGAGCUCAGAACCAGAUGGCUGAUGCUCUAGCCAUGCUCACAUCCUUAUGGGAGAAGGGUGAUCAGAAGCUGACCCAGCCAGUUAUCCUGAUGAGGAGUAGAAUCCCAUGCUAUGAAGGGUUAAUAAUGGCACAUUUAAAUCUAGAAGAUGAGAUGAAAUGGUAUGAGGACAUAAGAAGAUAUUUAGAGGUAAGAGAAUACCCACAGUCAGCCAAUAGUAGGGAUAGAGCUACAAUUCGUAGAUUAGCCACUCAUUUCACUUUGGCUGGGGGACAACUCUACAAAAGGUUCUUCGAAGGAUUAUUGCUCUUAUGUGUGAUGAAAAAGCAAUCUGAGCAGAUAAUGGAGGAAGUACAUGCAGGAGUGUGUGGUCCUCACAUGAACGGAAGGUAUGACUUCACCAUGGCCAUUCUCAAUAUGGGGCAUAGACAUUAUUGGGAAGAUUUCUCCCACGGCUUCUAA